AGGGCUAUUUGGCUAGCCAGAUUAGCUAGAGGAUAGCUAGUAGCAGAGAGAAAGGCAGAACGAAAACAGCCAUGACCGAUAUUGGGGAAAUUAUCAAAGCUCUUAAUGAUUUUGGCCGAUUCCAGCAUUGGCUGGUUCUGAUGAUCACUGUAGCCUCACCCUUCGCUGGUUUUCAUAUGUUCAGCCAAUUAUUCAUGGUCAUUCCAGUGUCUCAUCAUUGCAACACUACUUGGCUGGACACAAUCCACUUGAACUUGACCGAAGAGGAGAAGCUGAAUUUAACCAUUCCCCGAAAUCCCGACGGGACCUUAGAACAAUGUCUCAUGUAUACUCCUGUGGAAACCAGCUUAGAGACUAUCCUGCACUCUGGAUUGAAUUCAACAGAGAAGUGCCAAGAUGGAUGGGUUUAUCCUUCCAAGCCAAAACCUUCUCUGGUUACCCAGUUUUCCCUGGUAUGUGAUAGAAAGGAUUUAAUUGACAUCUCCCAGUCCAUCUUCAUGUCGGGCCUCCUCGUUGGAGCAAUGGUGUUAGGACCAUUGAGUGACUGGUAUGGCAGACGACCCAUUGCCUUGUUAUCUCUGUUCUUCGAAGGUGUGUCGGGAGUUGCAGUAGCCUUUGCCCCCAGUUUUUACCUCUAUUGCGGACUCCGGUUUCUGCUGGGAGCAGCUCUAUCUGGAAUCACCAUAAGCAGCACAGCUCUGUGCACUGAGUGGGUUGGCAUUGCCUAUCGUCCGCAUACCAUCAUCACCGGUCAUGUGUCUUUUGCAUUAGGACAGAUGAUCCUGGCGGGCUUAGCUUACGGUCUUCGGGACUGGCGGCAUCUUCAGAUUGCUGGUUCUGCUCCAAUUUUUGUUUUCUUUUUCUACAUAUGGCUCCUUCCUGAGUCCGCUCGGUGGCUUGUGAUGAAAGGCAAAAUAGGGGAAGCUAAAAAGCUACUCCAGAAAGCAGCUUCUGUGAACAAGCGAACCAUCCCUCCGAAACUGUUAGAGCAGCUAAAACCUGAACAGAAAUCCAACUCUUCUACGAUUUUGGAUCUCGUUAGAAACUCCCAAUUAGCAAAGAUGACCCUGGUCAUUUCCCUAAUCUGGUUUGUCAAUAGUUUGGCCUACUAUGGAUUAAGCCUGAAUGUUGGCAGCUUCGGCCUGAAUAUUUACCUGACGCAGGUCAUCUUCGGGGCGGUUGAAAUCCCCGCCCGGAUCCUUUCCGUCUUCCUGAUGCAGCGUUUGGGAAGGAAGAAGUGCCAGUCACUUUGCCUCCUCCUAGGGGGGACCUUUUCCCUUCUGAUCAUUGCUGUCCCCAAAGAUUUACCUGUGGUAAUCACAAUGCUGGCUGUCUUUGGAAAGUUUACCAUGGCAGGAUCGUUUUCAACAUCCUAUGUAUAUUCUGCAGAGCUGUUCCCAACUAUUAUCCGGCAGUCUGGACUCGGAGUAUGUCAGAUGACAGCCAGAGUAGCUGGAAUCAUCUCCCCAUUGGUUGGUCUCCUGGGGAAAUACAACACCUCACUGCCUGUGGCGGUCUUCGGAAGUGCAGCUGUCCUUGGUGGGGUCUUUUCUCUCCUUCUUCCGGAGACACUUGGCAAGGAACUGCCCGAUUGUGUAGAUGACCUGACCCACAAACGAAGGAAGAACAAGGAAACCAAUGACAGCGUGGAAAAUGGAUGUACAAAACCAAAUAAAGGCAGUUGUAUUAGUGAAAGGAUUACAACCACACAUUUCUAAAUCAAUGAUGGAUUAACUCAGCAUGUCAAGGAUACAAUUGGAGAAAAAAAUGGUAGAUUUCUCUGUAUUGUAAGCAGAGCAGGUAAAGGUUGGUGGGCUUGGUUAGAGAGUAAAUUUUCACACAUUAGGCUACAACAUAACACAGUUCAUGGCUUAGUGUGAUCCAGGCCAUAAAGUGAUGGAUAAAGUCAGCCGCUGCUGGUUUAAACAAGAAACUAUGGUUUAUCAUAAUGUGUACAUUGAGUACUUUCAAUGGGACUUCUUACUUACUUUCAAUGGGAUUUCUUUUGUUAAUAAUGAUUAAUCUAUCCUUACUGUAAUUGCCAACUCAGUGAUUUUAUUUAAAGUUCUUUUUUUAGUUAGAAUUGUUAGCUUUAAAAAAAAAAAGGGAAACCAGUUUAAACAGUAGUUUAUCAUUCAUGGGUUAAUUCUGUAACAACAUGCAAAGCAGAAGAAAAUAAAUAAAUAAAACAAACCAGGUGUAAAUCUAUUACAAGACAUCCAGCAAUUCUCUCGAAUUCUGAAACCCUUUUUCUAUUUUGGAGAUAAAACCUGGUUCUUUGGCAAGGGUCCUUUCUACUUUACCUUUAAAAUCUGCACCUCAUGGAACCAAAUAGGCAAUUAGCAAUUGCAGAGGUAGUUUUCUUCUUCUUCUUUUUUUAGGGAAAUUGCAGAUCAGGACCUCCCAUUCUGAAAUGAGACCAGGAGUUUUCAUGUGGCUCAUUCUUCCCAGAUGUUCCCAAUCCAAAUUAUCCACCCUUUCAGAUCCGCAUUUUGCUUUCUCUGUCCCUGUCUUUGGCUCUGUUUUUUUUUAAAGGAAAAAAACAUUCGUAUUCUUCAGUUGUUGUUCUUCAAGUUUGUCACAUCCAAAUCUCUGGAAUUCUUUGAUUUUCUUUUGUCUGAAUGUCACCCAUAACAAAAAACAUCGAAACAUUUUACUACUACAUAAAGCUUCCUUUAGGAGAAAAAUGUUUCUUUAAAAAAAAUUGAUAUAAAUCAAAUAAAAAAAAGAAAGAAAGAAAAAUGGAUGGUGAAUGCCAACAAAAAUGAAGCUAAGAAAUGCUGGUUUGGUGGUGAAGGAGGACAAUCAUCUUAGGAUAAAAAUAUCAAAACAAUACAGAAAAAUUGGUUGUCCCAAGCUAAUGGGGCAACCUGCAUAAAACAUUCCAUGAGAAGUUAAAUAUGAUCAGUAGCUCAGGAAUGAAGGCAAAUAUACCUGUCCUAGGAUAAUGUUGCAGGAUCUAACCUGGGUCGGUCACUGUGUCCAGAGGUUUUGUCUCCUGAGCUUUCGGACUCUUGCUGAAGCCCAUCUUCAGGGAACUUCUCUGUAGCGAUCAGUAAAGAAUCAAUAGCGGUCAUUUAAAUGAUCAGUAGCUGUCGGUUUAAGACAGCAGAUGAACAAGGAUGAGUUGGGGAAUGAUCUUGAAUGGACAAUUGUAGUGGAAUGUAGGACCAUAAAACAUCAAAGUGUAGAUACUUCAGUUGUGAGGUCAAGUUCUCAGAGCAUGUCUUUAAUGAUGCAAGCACAAUUGCUUUAGUGUACCAAGAGUUCUGUCUAUGGAUGAGGAACAAUAAAGGAAAUUGCUCAGAA